CCGGAUCCGGAUUGAACAGCAGCACCUCUUCGGCCAGUGUUUACAAUAAUCGCCAACGUGCAGCGCUUUGCCGCGGUUCACCCGGACAGAAGCGGCCUCAUUCUUGAAAAAUGUCUUGACAAAAUACCACGCGGACUUACUAACAACGAAGAAAAAAUAAAAUGGAUCAGCCCUUAACAAUAAAUAAUGAAGAUUACGUCACGGUUGUUGCGGUGGGGUCUUCAAAACCCCCCGAGGAAAACACCCCAAAAGAUUACGUGACCGUUUUAAAAAUAGGAAACGAGGAUACUCAAAAUGAAGAUAUUCAAAAAGAUGACGAAAAUCAAGAUGUUCAAAAUGAAGAUGUCCAAAAAGAAACAACCGAAGAAGUGUUAGUAUAUCGAUUACCAGGUGAAAAGCUCGGUUUUGGUUUAAAAUUUGAAGGUGGAACAAAAUCGGCGGAAUUUGUAAAGCGCCUUUUUAUCCAAUCGUGCGCGUUAAAUAGCCCAGCUUCAAGAGUGCAAUGUUCUUGGGGGUUAUUGGUGGAAGGUGAUGAAAUUUUAGAAAUUGAUGCAGUGCCAGUAAACACGAUGACUCGAAUCGAUUGCGUUCGAUGUUUAAAAGAUUCGAACGUGGUCAUAAAAUUGCUGAUAAAACACCGAUUUGAAGAAUCACUAAAAGAAGAUUUACCUUUGGUUGUUAGCGCAGAAAAGAAAAGAACUCCACCUCCCCCUCCCCCAGUUCCACCGAGAAAAAUGAACAGAAAAUCGAAAGAAAAUUCGAUCGUUAUACCCCCAAAAGGAUUUGGGGAUAUUUCCGGGGAACCCCCCGUACCAUUAACGCGACAAAAUUGCAGCGAAAAUAAUUUCAAAAACAAACAAUCGCCUUAUAACAGUUUUAGAAAAUUGCGCCAAUCCCCGGAAGUGAACAAAAAACUAAGAAAGCUUUCCGAAGAUUCUUGCCCACCAGAUGCCGAAGUUUACACCGAUUUAUUUUCGCAAGAAUCCGCUUAUAGCUUAAGCGAAUCCGACGACACCGGAAGUUCUAUAUCGACCGUUGUUGAUCGAUUAGGAUCUUAUCCAGCCACAACAACAUCAAGUUUUUCCGGAAGUUUACCUUCAACGCCAACCCCGGUUCAAAAACAUAUCGACUUUUCAAACGAAAAUUAUUUAUUUAGCAAAUUAGUCGAAGAAAAUGUACCGAAAAGUGUCGAAACUCUCCAACCUCCCGCUAAUUUCCAAGACGCCCCAUUAAGUUACGGGAAUGAAGACGUUAAAAUUGAACAAAUCAAAAUAAUCGAAGAAAUUCCUUCACCCCCACCACGGUCUAAAAACGGAUUAAAAAAAGAUGAGGAACUCCCGAGAUUAGUCGAUUUCGUCCCGAAGACAUCGUCAAUUACAAAUUCCAUCGAAAUCGUUAAACAUUUCUUAGAAAACGAAAAAUGUUACAUCGUCAUGGACAACAACGAGAAUCAUAUCAACGAUAAUUGGUGCGAGGAGGAAUUUUAUUCUUUAGAAUGGAGUCCUUCAUCGAAAUUAGCAACUAUAGGGGAAGACGAAGAAGAAACGAUCCAAGAAGAAUGUGUAAACACCGAAAACCCAGUUGUUAUAAUAGAAAAUGCGGAUUCUUGUGCACCGGAUGAAAUCAGUGAAAAAUCCAAUCUCACGUAUCUCUAUGAUUACGAGGAAAACGAUUUGGAGCAAAUCAUGGAUGUACCGCCGAUUUAUUCGAGGCAACCACCAGAUGGGCACGAAUUCCCGGAUUAUCAAGAAGAUAAUAAGGAAGAACCUAUAGUAGAGCAAAUAUCUGAAAAGCCGCCGCCGAUAAAGCCGAGGGAAAUUUGGAAAUUGAAAUGCGAGCCUCCCAAAAAUAAUGUACGAGAUAAAAUCGCAAUGUUUUCAAACACACCAACGAAUUUAACGAAAAAAUAUAUUAGCACGGAUAAUAUAACGCUGAGUGAUAACCCCGAGAAAUAUAAAACACUAUCAAGAUCGGAAUUAACUCUAGAAAUAAAAGACGAUUCGAAACUAAAAGGCGAUUUUGAUUUAAAUUUAUCAAAAGAAGAGGAAGAACCCGUUUUUCGAAAAUUGUCGGGGAGAUCAAUGAGUCUUUGUGAUGUUUCGACGAAUAAACCCGAUAAAUGGUCGGCAAUGGUGGAACAAAGAAGAAAAUGUUUAUCGAGAUUAAAAGGUUUAGUAAUCCCAGAAAAUAUCCCUGAAAUCGAAGUGAACGUAAAACCUUUCGUGGACUUACCAGAAAUAAAAAGCGAAAUAACCGUGCCAAUUUUCCCCGAAAUCAAAAAAUCAGAAACCCCCAAACCAAAUUAUAGGCACACUUAUUCAUUUUCACCAAAAACGCCAUCAAAAGUGAUUCAAAAACAAAAAAGUCCUAGCAAAGAGAUUGAAUUAACGGUGAAUGUAAAUAAUCAAAACGACCCUCCGAAAUCGUUAGAAAGCAUAACAUCGCCAACCCGCUCCGAUUACAGCUUCGAAUACAUAUAUUCCCCAGAAAUCAAAUCAAAAUCGAACGGCUUUUUGGAAAAAUCAAAAAUAAUCAACGACGUCCACGAAGAUGAAAGCGAUAACGAUUCGGCGUUAAGUUCGAGCCAAUCGAGUUACAUAUCAAAAAAUUCCCCACCCGCCUCACCAACGGGACAAAUUUUAUCAAAAUCCGAUUCAAACUACGACAGCUUAAACCGCCGAUUAUUAAAAGCCCAAUCAGUUGAAGCAAUUAAUCGAAAAAAUAUUUUAGCAUCCGCAAGAUGCCGAAGUGGAAGAGACCUAAAAGUCGGGUCGCCAUUAAUUCAAAGAAAAUUCGAAGAAGAACACAAAAAUGAAAUAUUAAAAACCGAAAUUAAAACGCUAAAAAAAGAAAUCGAAAAAAUCGAUUCGAAAGAAAUUUUAACCCGAUCAACCUCCGAGACUACGCAUCGCGAAUUAAUUAAAUCCGAAACAGAAAUUGUUUUUAAUAAACAAAGAAGCUUGGUCGAUAUCGUCCCAAAAACGCGUUUUGUGAAAGCGGCGAGUGUUAACGAUUUAAGAAAAAAUUUUGAAAAGGAAUCCCCUAAAAAUUCGCCCACUUCAAAAAAAUCGCCCGAAAUUUCCCCCGAACCGAAACCCACUAAAAGGACGUCGAUACCACCCGAAAUUUCCCCCGAAAUUUAUCCCAAAAACGAUGAGGAAUCAUCACAGGAUAUCACUAAAAUAAAAUCCAUGGUUUUCGAUGAAUAUGGGAUAUCACCCGAAAUAGAUUUAAAAAUUAUUUGUUUAAAACCCGACGUUCUCGGUGGAAGUAUCGGAAUUACUUUAGCCGGUGGGGCUGAUUAUGAAACUAAAGAAAUUACGAUCCACAAAAUACGAACGGGAAGUCCAGCGAAUCGCGAUGGGCAACUUGAAAAAGGCGAUCGAAUUUUAUUUAUAAACGGAAAAUCUAUGAAAAAUCUUUCUCACGGCGAAUCGUUAAAAGUACUUAAAGAGAAGGUUCCCAAAGUUGUUAUAACCGCGUGUGCUUCAAAGGAUGUUCAAACUUCUUUAACACCUCGGCGACAAUCGGCUGUUAUGGAUCAAGUUUUGCCAAAGAUUGUCGACGAUAAAAAAAUUGAAGUUGAGGAAAAAAGUGUUGGGGAAAUAAUCGAAGUUACUAUACAAAAAGAUGGAGCGGGAUUAGGGUUUAGUAUACAAGGUGGACAAGAUUCUCCACAAGGAAAUGUGCCAUUGGUUGUUAAAAAGUUAUUUGUUGGUGGUGCAGCUGAAAAAUCUGGUAAGUUAAAAGCUGGUGAUGAAUUGUUGAGCAUAAACGGGGUGGAUUUAACGUGUUUGUCAAGAAUCGAUGCUUGGAACAUCAUGAAAAAACUACCGGAAGGUGAUAUCAUCAUCCGCGUUCAACGCUAAAUAUACAUAUGUAAUUUGUAAAUAUUCUUGCCUUAUAUAUACACAUAUUUAUAACUUAAACCCAUAUUCGAGAGCUUUAUAUUUUUCAUGUAAAAAAAAUUUUAUUCACACAAUCCGCUUCUGGUAAACUUCUGUGUAUCUUUUUAUACAUUCUUCUUUCAGUAUUUUUUAUUCUUUAUUGUUACGUGUUUAUAAUAAAUAUAUACAUGUUAUUUA